AUGGAUAUCCCCGACGACCCAGAAUACGAGUGCCUAGAACAAGUCUCUGACUGGUAUGCAUCACUCCGGCCAUUACUACUAGAUUUGGUUGGCGACUAUGCCGGACAAGAGCUCUUUUUCAUCGACGGCGAUUCGCUUUGUCGUCACAUUUUCAGCGACAAGAGGGUCGCAAUAAAUUCAAAGAAUGGCCCUCAAGUUAUUACUGCCAUCUAUGCCCUCGAGAGGUUUCUAUCUAAUCUCCGACAACGAGGGUGUAAUUUCCACCUUGUGUUCUUUGAAGAACACAAAUACCUCUGCUUUGACCAGUCUAAAACAAGCGAUAAAAAAGCAUGGAAGUACAUCUUGGUCCGCGAGGCAGCCAUGCGGCAUUUACAGGAGACUAUACCGUCGAACAAUGCCGUCAAGGUCUUCAAUUAUCCCAGCUUGAACGAUCCGAAGUUCGAAGAAUACCUUCAAGAAUGGAAGCCAUACUUUGCGCUAGCACAUGACGUGCCGAGUUUGCUCCCUGAAAAUGAAAAUGAAAACAAAAACCAGCAGCUCAUGCAAGCAGGCAUCCUUUGGAAGCUGCUAAGUCAAGGUUACAAUGUAGCCCUCCUGGACAAAGUAGAGUUUAGAGACUCGAAGAUAAUGAGUCUAGUCGCUGAGGGCACUGGGCUAGGCCAUUUCACAUCUGCUUUUGCCAAUAAGUGCAAGGGAGAGAUGUCUACCAUCGCCACUUCCCUAAGUGAUCAGUACCACACUAAAGCAGAGCUUGUCAAAGAAGAAAUCCUACCCGACACAAUCAAGCUAACAAAAAAUCCCCACGAGCUCUUAAUCAUUGCGGCAAUGUCAAAGUUAUCAAAGACAGACUGGAAAUCUUCAAUGCUCAUGAAAGCGUGCGGAAUUGGCCUAUUACAGUCCACUCUAUUGACCCAAACCCUGUCAUUGAAUCAGCGAUGCCUUCCAUCUGUUGAAUUCACCAAAGCAACCCCGACCAAAGUGCUUGGCUUCGUUUAUACCUUAUGCCAAAAUCUUGCGGUGUUCAUCAGUGAAGGCCAUUGCACAGACAUCCAGCAGAUAUAUCCCGGUCAUAACAUGAAUUAUUGCGAUCUUAUCGACGUCCGUCUUUUCCAAUACUGCCUUGCCAACCCCUCCUUCGCGGAAGAAACGAUAACCGAUGACCUUCAACGCUUGAUAGAAGCAUUCAGAGUCCAGAGUGGCAUUACGCUCUGCCCGACUGACACAGAGGAUCUUAGCGGAAAUAUCAUCCCGAAGACCAUAGAUAACCCGACGAGGGUUGCCGUACUACCAUUCAAGCACAAAUCUUUCGAUAAACACCUGGCUAGCAUUAAGCUAGAUGUUGACGAUACGGUAUUGGAGAAACCUGAACUCAUCUAUCGGGCUGCGCAAGAGAAAACCCAUUGGCAUUCUACAAGUUCAUUAAAGAGUGAGAUGAAAGUAUUAGAUAAGUGGCAACAGAGUCGAAGGAACCGCUCGGAUCAAAUCUUCCACACUCACAUGCAGCGUUAUGCUGCAUCUAUCACUGGACAAAACGCUGGUAUCCUCGAACCGGAGUUAAUUAUCGUGGCUGAGAAGGAAGAGAAGCUUAGAAAAGGUAGUAAGGCUAAGAAACUCAUGGAGAAUGAGAGUUUAAACAGUGGUAAACCGUCAAAAAACCAGAAGGGCGGUCAGAAAGCCCCCACGAUGAAGAAGGCAGACGCUAUCCGAGAAGCAAAUAUGAAGGCAAAGGGUAAGAAAACUGAAGAUAAAACCAACGACAUCUGGGGCAGGGUUCUCGAUGAGUUGGUAACGCUCUCCGAAAAGGCGCGUACAAAGGCCGAAACACAGGAUGCUGCCAUGGUAGCUUUAGGGAAAAUCAGUGAAUUUCAACGGGUAAAGUUAAAGGGCGAAUCAUCAACCUAUGUCUACUUGGAAACAAGAUUGUACAAGAUGAAAGUCCUCCUGGAGCUAUGGGGAAAUGCGUGUAGUAUUAGUACACGAGAGAAGGAAACUCAUAAGAACCUCGCAGCCUUGAUCUUCGAUGAAGCACGACACAUAUUGACGUCCCCGGCUCUCACCAAAGCGGUUUCGAUCAUGGUCAAAAAGGUUUGGGCUGAAAUGGGCUUCGGCGAACCGGUUACUACCUCACCCACAGGCACCGACAAACUAUCGCCAACUCUCGAGAAUAUUCGUGUCAAACCAGGGAUGCAGAUUGGGAUAUCACCAAUUGAAUUUCAACUAACACACAGCGGACCGUAUAUGGACCGCAGCUUUGGUUCAGCACCAGACAGCCGUGUUAGAUUUCAACCUGACACUUGGCAGAGAGACGUUCUGGAUCAAAUAGAUGCUAAUAAAUCUGUGUUCGUCGUCGCGCCAACAUCUGCUGGUAAAACUUUUAUUUCAUUCUACGCAAUGGAGAAGGUCUUGAAGGGAAGUAAUGACGGUAUCCUCGUCUACGUCGCUCCUACAAAGGCUUUAGUGAACCAAAUCGCUGCUGAAGUUCUCGCUCGGUUCAACAAAAAAUACCCCCACGAUGGACAGAACGUCUGGGCUAUCCAUACCAGGGAUUACCGUAUCAAUCAUCCCGAAAAAUGUCAAAUCUUGAUCACAGUGCCGCAUAUUCUCCAGAUCUUACUUCUAGCACCACAUAACGCCUCGAAAUGGGCUCCACGAAUCAAGCGGAUCAUCUUCGAUGAAAUCCACUCUAUCGGGCAAGCCGAUGAUGGUGUUAUCUGGGAACAGCUUCUUCUAAUCGCACCAUGCCCCAUCAUUGCUCUUUCCGCCACAGUUGGUAAUCCGGGAGAGUUCAGAGACUGGCUUGUUGAAACCCAGAAAGCCGCAAACAUAGACUUGAAGAUGAUUGAGCACAAACAUCGUUUUUCAGACCUUCGAAAGUUCGUCUACCAACCUCCGACAGACACAAAUUUCACCGGACUCGACCAAAAGCGACACUUUGAGGAGUUAGAUGACGAGCCAAAUUUCAUUCCGAUCAACCCCAUAUCGACACUGAUAGAUGUGAAGAACCGAGCUCUACCAGCCGACUUGACUUUAGAGCCGAGAGAUUGUUUAGAAAUUUACAAACUUAUGAAGAAGCAUCAAACUGAUAGCUUCAAAAUUAGCAGUGCCUUGGACCCUACAAAAUUCUUCAGUGGAAUCAUUGGAAAAGCGGACGUCGUGAAAUGGGAAUCUGCGCUGAAACGAGAAUUAGAGAAAUGGAUGGCGAAUUCUCUUUCUCCUUUUGAUGCUGUUCUGGAAGAACUUACUCGUCCCCAAAAUGCUAAGAUGCCAGUUGAUACUAUGGAUAAACCGAAAACUACUGUGCCGUCGUCAACUUCUUCGCCUUCAAAACCGAAUUCACCCUCACCACCACCACCACCACAAGAGGAAGAAACGAAUGACGAUGGCAACGAUGACGAUGCACACGAUAACGACAAACUUGUACAGGAUACAACGUGCUCAUUACUCGCUCGCCUGCACAGCAAGAAUGCUCUACCGGCAAUCCUAUUCUCAUAUGAUCGAACCAUGGUGGAGAGGAUUGUUAAAGCAAUCCUCAAGCAAUUAGAAGACGGAGAAUCGCACUUCAAGAAGACCAAUCGCGAAUACCUAGCAGAGAUGGAACAGUAUCAAGAAUACCUGAAGCAAUCGAAAUCAAAGGCUUCUAUGAAAACGGAUGAAAAGACCAAGAAGAAACAAACUAAGAAAAGCAAGAAUAAGGAAGACGACAUCGACGCAAUGAAGGAAGAGCAAAAUAGAGAAGAACGGGAAGAAGUAAGUAAAUGGGCGACUUUCGAUCCGGAUGCACCGCACGAGAAAUUCCUCUUCACUGGGAAAGUCAACUACGAUGUAGAAGAGGAUUUCAAAGUUUUAAGAAACGCAAGUGUUCCAGAGGACUUUAUUUCAGCUUUACGAAGAGGAAUUGGUAUUCACCACGCAGGUUUGAGUCGUCGGUUACGUGAAGCGACGGAGACAUUGUUUCGUAUCAACAUGCCCUGCAAGACUGUCGGUUUUGUCGGUGAUAGUGUUUAUCUCACAGCUCUUGCAUACCGUCAAUGCUCGGGUCGUGCAGGUCGUCGUGGCUUCGAUUUGUUUGGAAAUGUUGUGUUUCAUGGUCUUUCACAAGCUAAGGUGAAUCGCCUUAUCAGCUCUCGACUACCUUCGCUACAGGGGCAUUUCCCAAUCAGUACAUCAUUGGUUCUUCGCAUGUUUUCCCUCAUCGAUGGAUCCCAGGAGUCAAUAUAUUCCCAGAAGGCGAUCAACCAGCUACUUUCGCAAUCCAGACUAUUUUUGGGCGGCGAUAGCUUCAAGGAACAGGUGUUGCAUCAUCUACGAUUCUCAAUCGAAUACCUACGCCGACAGCAUCUAAUAGACGCCAGAGGAAUACCCAUCAACUUUGCAGGGCUCGUCGGCCAUUUGUAUUACACGCAGAACAAUGCGUUUGCAUUCCAUACUUUACUCAAAGAUGGAGUUUUACACACUAUUUGCAAGGAUAUAGAUAAGAAGCCACGAGGGACAGCCUUAAUGCUCAUGUCGGUCAUGGCGCAGAUUUUCGGACGGCGCCGAUGCAAGGCUCCCACGGAAUUGGGCCAAACCAGAACGGAGAUUAUCAAGCGUUCACCGAGCGACGUAUACCUCCCUCCCUUGCUUAGGAUCGCUCGUGAGGCCCUUGAGGAGCACAAUGAGGAGACCCUCAAGACAUUUACGGGGUACGCCGCAACAUUUGCGAAAGAGUAUUGUCAGAAUAUCCCGGAUAAUGUCCUUCCGUUCACAAACAAGGAAAUUGGGAGCUCCAUUUCUGAGAAAGACGGAGACGAUACCCAUGUCAGGUCAACGUUUUUCAGAAUAUCUGGAGCAACGGAUUCGUUCGCCUCGAUCGAAGACUUAUCCACGUCGACCCGGAAUGGAGUUUUUUUAGAGUCGUCUGCAAUCCCAAUCAUUGAUACACGAGGUGGGUAUUGGAAUGCUUAUUUACUUGAUUUUUAUAAACAUGGGAGUUUGCAUCCAUUGGUCGUAGCAAACGGUUUACGCAAAAAUGAUGUUUGGUUUAUGUUAAAUGACUUUUCGAUGAUCUUGGCAACCAUCGUCACCUCUAUCAAAAACUUUUUUGCGGAGAAGGAUGUUGGUGGAUCCGACGAAGAUCUUUUGGAGCUUCUAGCGAUGGAAGAAGGGGAAAGGGUGGAUACAGAGGAAGGGGAAGCUGGGUUCGGGGGCGAAUAUGAAGGGGAUAUUGACGUGGCCAGGGUCAACCAUGCCGCAUUCGAGGAUCCGAAUGGAAUGUUGAAGGUAUUCAAGGCUUUCGUCCUUUUGAAGUCGCUAUUUGAUCAGAAACUUGCGGCAAUUGGUGCAACAAAGCGGCCGGAGAGGAAGGGGCCUAGGAGGCCAAGAUUGCGAGUCGAGAAAUGA